GAAUUAUCAGACUACAAACACAAAGUUGAAAACUCAAAAAAAAGAAAAUUAGAAAAAAUUAAUCCAAAAACAAAUCAAAUUUUUAAAAAAUUUCAUACAACAGUUGAAUCAGAUAAUGGAAUUGAAACAGAUUACGAAUUAGAUCCUCAGCUGGAUUAUGUAUCAGACCCACAGAUAGAAUCUUCAACAACUCAACAAAAUAACUAUUCAGAAAAUUUUAGCAAAUUAGAAUCUGAAUUUUCUGAGCUUCAUUCAGAUGAUUUGUCAUAUACAAAAAGGCAAAAGAAAGGCAAAUCCAAAGUUAUUAAUCAAGCAACUAUUCAGAUAAAUCAUCAAGAAUUUUUGAACAAUAACAGCAAACGCAUUUAUGAGUCUGAUAAGUAUUUAAUUAGUAAAAAUAAAUUUUAUGAAGAUAAUUCAGAUGGAGAGUUAGAUUAUAAUUCAGAUUCUAGUUCUGCUAAAAAAGCAAAAAUGAUAUAG